AUGUCAGACGACCUUCCAAACCUUAAGCAACAGAAAGUCCCACAGAGUGAAUUCGAUGCCAAACAUAAGGAUCGUGAAGCUGCCCCAGCUGAAAAGAAGAAGACAAAGUCAGAUGAUGAUAAAGCGGAUGUUAAGGUAGAGAAGAAGAAGAAGGAAUCAAGCUCAUCCGAUGGCGGCAAGGAGAAGGAAGCCAAGGAAGAGAAGAAGGAAGAAAAGAAGACAGAUAAGCCAGCACAGAGUGGAUCUAAAUGCUGUUUAUUGAUUUAA